UUGCACAUAAUCAAGAUAUCUUGAUAAUAUUCGGUGGGUGGAAUAGGAGGUCAUCUUUUUAAAGACAAUAUAGCACCAUCAAAACAAAUGGAUCAGACAAAUUACUUGGAAUAUGUAAAACCCUGAAGAAUAACCUUUUGACUCAAAAGAAGUUCUAGUCAGAAAAAUGACGGCAAAUGAACUUUAUGUGAAGGGUGCCAGGAUAUGGAUUUCCGACCCAGAAGCUAUUUGGCGAGGAGCUGAACUAUUGGAAGAUUACAAAGGACCCGGACAGAUUAAAGUUCGGUAUGAAGAUGGCGAGGAUUCAGUUCUGGCGAUCAAAGAUAAAAACAACCUGCCACAUUUGAGAAAUCCAGAGAUUUUGAUUGGUGAAAAUGAUUUGACAUCUCUAAGUUAUCUCAAUGAACCAGAAGUUUUGUAUAAUCUGCAGGUCAGAUUCAUGGACCAAAACAUUAUAUAUACAUAUUGUGGAAUUGUACUUGUGGCUAUCAAUCCAUAUGCUGACCUACCCAUCUACGGAAAUGAGAUCAUCCAGGCCUACAGUGGACAAGAUAUGGGAGCCAUGGACCCUCACAUAUUUGCUGUCGCUGAAGAAGCUUACAAAAAGAUGUCUAGAUUUGAGCAGAACCAGAGUAUAAUUGUGAGUGGAGAGUCUGGUGCUGGUAAGACAGUGUCAGCUAAGUAUGCCAUGAGAUACUUUGCCAUGGUGGGAGGAUCACAGGCUGAGACACAAGUAGAGAAAAGAGUACUGGCUUCCAAUCCAAUUAUGGAGGCUAUAGGAAAUGCCAAGACAACAAGAAAUGACAACAGUAGUAGAUUUGGAAAAUACAUAGAACUCUCAUUCAACAAGAAAAACGAAAUCAUUGGUGCUCACAUGAGAACUUACUUACUGGAAAAAUCAAGAGUGGUAUACCAGGCCUCCGACGAGAGAAAUUAUCAUAUAUUCUAUCAGAUGUGUGCAUCCAGUGAUCUUCCAGAAUUUAAAAAGUUUCAGUUAAUGUCAGCUGGUGAUUUUUUUUACACAGCCCAUGGAGGAGAUCCAAUUAUCAAUGGUGUGGACGAUGCUGAUGAUCUCGGUGACACCCGGGACGCUUUACUUCUUUUAGGUAUUUCUGCUAAAGAUCAGAUGAUGAUAUUCCAGAUUUUGGCAGCCAUUUUACAUUUUGGAAAUGUGAGAAUAAAAGAGGCUGAAGGGGAAACAUCAGAAAUUUCUGCUAAAGACAAACAUUUACAGCUGAUGUGUCAGUUACUAGGUAUAGAGGAAUCACAGAUGAGGAUGUGGCUCUGUAACAAGAAAUUUACAACAGUUGGCGAAGUUCUGACAAAACCUCUAACAGCAGAACAGGCCAGUAAUGCUCAGGAUGCUCUCGCUAAACAUAUUUAUGCUAAGAUGUUUGACUGGAUCGUGGAGAAAGUAAAUCUCAGUUUACAUAGUACAACCAAACACCACAGGUUUAUAGGAGUAUUAGAUAUUUAUGGAUUUGAAACUUUUGAAAUUAACAGUUUUGAACAGUUCUGUAUUAACUAUGCAAAUGAAAAACUACAACAAAUUUUUAAUAGUCAUGUAUUUAAGUUAGAACAAGAAGAAUAUGUAAAAGAAGCCAUUGAAUGGUCGUUUAUUGAUUUCUAUGACAACCAGCCCUGUAUUGAUCUGAUUGAAAGUAAACUUGGUAUACUGGAUCUCUUGGAUGAAGAAUGUAGGAUGCCAAAAGGUUCCGAUAAGAACUGGUGCCAGAAGUUAUAUGAUAAACAUUACAACAAAGCUCAACACUUUGACAAACCAAGAAUGUCUAACAUGGCAUUUAUUAUACACCACUUUGCUGACAAGGUCCAAUACCAGGCUGAUGGAUUCCUGGAGAAGAACAGGGAUACAGUAUUAGAAGACCAUAUCAAUAUACUCAGGGCUAGUGAGCAUGCAUUGGUGGCAGAACUAUUUGAAGACAAACCAGAUCCCAAUGAAAAGAAGCAGAGAGCUGGUUCCCACCCUACUCAGCCCCUACGAGCCAACCCUAAAGGUAGUAAAAGUACCAAGAAAACAGUCGGUUCACAGCAAGUUACCAAAGCAACUGUUGGAGAUCAGUUCCGAGACUCACUGUUUAUGUUAAUGACCACCCUGAAUGCUACAACACCUCAUUAUAUCAGAUGUAUAAAACCUAAUGACUUGAAAGAAGCAUUUCAAUUUGACCCUAAAAGAGGGGUAGAACAGUUGCGAGCCUGUGGUGUACUGGAAACUAUCAGAAUUAGUGCAGCUGGUUAUCCAUCAAGAUGGACGUACAGUGAGUUUUUCCAGAGAUACAGAGUAUUAGCCAGAUCUAAGGACAUAGACAGAGCUAACCCAAGAAAGACAUGUCAGAAUGUCCUGAUAUCAGUUAUACAGGAAUCGUCACCGACAAAACAUCGUAAAAACAAGCAACCAAUAGAGGAUCCUGACAAAUACAGAUUUGGAAAGACAAAGAUAUUUUUCCGAGCAGGACAAGUGGCCUACUUAGAAAAGCUGCGAUCUGACAAGUUACGAUCGUGUGGCAUCAUGAUACAGAAGCACGUCAAAGGGUGGUUAGAGAGGAAACGAUACAGGAAGAUCACCAAGUCUAUUACACUUCUACAAAAAUAUGGACGAGGUCUGCUGGCUAGACGAUAUGCCAGACAUUUGCGGGAAACAUGGGCAGCAAAGACAAUUCAAAAGAGAUGGAAGGGUUACAAAGCCAGGAGUCAUUACGAGCAUGUCAGGAAUGCAGUACUUAUAUUACAGGCCAGUAUACGAGGCUUCUUUGGAAGACGAGAGUUUGAGAAAGCCCUUCAUACUCAUAGAGCUGUGGUUAUACAGAGAUAUGCCCGUGGAUGGUUGGCUCGUGUCAGAUAUCGUCGUGUUAUCAGAGGUAUCAUCAAAUUACAAGGUCAUUAUAGAAGACGCAAGGCCAAGAAGGAGCUUCAAAAACUAAAGAUUGAGGCUAAAUCAGUGGACCAUAUCAAGAAUGUAAACAAAGGCUUGGAGAAUAAGAUUAUACAACUUCAACAACAACUGGAUGUCAGGAAACAAGAAAUGAAUGCUGUCAAACAACAAGAAGGAGAAAUGGACAAAAUGAAAGUAGAACUGGAGAAAUUACGAGGGUCGUCAGGUCAAGUGGAAAAGUCAUCUAAUAAAAUUACAGAAUUGCUGGCCGAGAUUAAGGCUUUGAAAAUGGAGUUAGAGAAAGAACAAAUAGAAAAACAAGAUCUGAUUGCUGAGAAGGAAAUAAUGAGGAAAGACAAAGUGGAGAUUGCAAACAAACUAACAGAGGAGAACAACAAAUUAUCAGCUGAUUUAGAACUUGCCAAAACUCAACUGGAUGAACAAGAAAAGGAACUUGCAGAUAUGGUGAAGGCUAAAGUAGAGGCAGCUAAGAAACAGUUGCUAUCAGAGCUGGAUUCCGAAAGAGAGCACCAUCAGAAACUUGUCAAAGAGCAUGCUCGGUUACAACAGAGAUUAGAGAACCUCCAUGGAGAAAUGGAAUACCUCACAAGUCCUCAAGGUCACAAACGUACACCGUCAGACAUUAGCGCUAUCAGUCUAGAAUCUUAUACCAGUUCUGUAUCUCCUGAUGAGAAGAAGGAGGAAGAGGAAAAUGAAAAAGAGGAUCAAGGCUAUGGCACAGAGAAAUCAAAAAAGAAGAAGAAAGCACCAGCUCCUCCUCUACCGGUUAAUGGAGAAACUAAGGAUAUUGAUGUUGGCUUGUUGCUUAAGUUACAAAACCGUGUCAAAGAUCUGGAAAAAGAAAAAGCUGAAAUGCAGAGAGAAAUUGACACAACUGAAGAACAAGAACAAAAACCAGCCUCUAGUAGUGAUGUAAUCACUGAUUCAGCAUUUAAUGCACUCAAAAAACAAUUGGUGAACGCAGACGAUGUCCAGCUCGUCAUUAAACUACAAAAACGUGUCAAGGAUCUAGAGUUAACGAAAUCUCGUCUGAGGAGCGAGUUAGACGACCGAGACGAUGAUGAUGAUGAACUGACAAAAUUCCAAAUAACAACACCAGAAUUUGCUUAUAAUAAUUUGAAGAUGCAAGAACUUGAGAAUGAGAAUGACAAGUUAAAGAGAGAAGUUGGUAAAUUAAUGAAGGCUAUCACUGACAGUACUGACUUCACCCAACAAGAAAUGUCCCCCUCUGGUAAAGAACUAAUGGACCUUGGUAAAGACAGCAGUCGGUCAGUCCGAAUACUCCUGGACCAGUUUGAGGCUAUGAAUGAUGAGUUAGAGAGAAGACGUGAGGAGUGUCUACAACUCCGCGCCAUGAUGGCCGAAAAGAGUAUCACAACACAUGCUAUUGCUAAGGAGUCCUAUGGUGGUAAUGAUAAUAUUGUGAACGAGGAUAAUGAACUAGCUAUGGCUUACAGAACACAGAAAGAACUUAACAGACUCCUUGAAAACCAGUUACAGAAAACAGAAAAAGAUUCAAAGAAGAAAGAAGUAACAUUAAAGAAACAAGUGAAAGACUUAAAGGAAGAAAAUGAGAAACAACAAAAGAUCAUUCAACAGCAUAACAGUAUAACUCGUAAUCUACAGCUCGGUCCAGAGGCUAAGAUUGAAGCGACCAUGCAGCACGAAAUUACAAGGCUUACAUCGGAAAAUUUGGAUCUGCGAGAAUCUAAUGACAAAAACCAAGACCAAAUACGCAAGCUGAAGAAAAUGUUAAAAACUUAUGCCAAACGUCUCAAAGAUGGAGAAGCGGCUGAGAUUGCUGCAGAGAUGGAUAAAGACGAUACUAAAUCUAGUGAAGACAAUGUUGCCCACGUAAAACAUCGAGAGAGGAACUAUAUGGGCAUGUUAGAGUAUCGUAAGGAGGACGAGCAAGCUCUCAUCAAAAACCUAAUUAUGGAUUUAAAACCUCGUGUAGCUGUUGGUUUGUUACCAGGGUUACCAGCCUAUGUUUUGUUUAUGUGUGUCAGACAUACUGAUUAUGUAAAUGACGAUGAGAAAGUCAGAGGUCUGCUGACAAACACAAUUAAUGGAAUAAAAAAAUGUGUCAAGAAACAUCAUAGUGAUGUUGAGAGAGUAACACUAUGGCUGACAAACACCUGUCGUCUGCUGCAUACACUCAAACAGUACAGUGGAGAAAAAGCUUUCCAAUCAGAUAAUUCACCAAGGCAGAAUGAACAUUGUCUACGUAACUUUGACCUAUCAGAGUACAGACAAGUGUUCAGUGAUCUGGCCGUGUGGAUCUACCAAACCAUGAUUAAACAGAUGCAGGAAUCAGUGCAGCAAAUGAUUGUGCCAGCAGUAUUAGAACAUGAAGCCAUAGCAGGACUAACAGCCUCCAAACCUUCUGGUAUGAGAGGAAGAAGUUCCAGUAAUGCAAACGAACUGGAGGAAAAAGAACUGUCUCUUGAUUCUCUUAUGAAAGUGAUGAACAAAUACAGUCAGAUUUUGUCCCAGCAUGCUGUGGACCCAGAACUGGUUAAACAGAUCUUCCGACAGCUUUAUUACUUUGUUGCCUCUGGUGCUCUAAACAACCUACUUCUACGUAAAGAUAUGUGCAAUUGGUCAAAAGGAAUGCAGAUCAGAUACAAUCUGAGUCAUUUAGAACAGUGGUUACGUGACAACAAAUUAGGAGAAUCUGGUGCCCUGUCAGCAUUAGAACCUAUUACCCAAGCCUCCCAGUUAUUACAGGCCAGGAAAACAGAUGCUGAUGUGGACAGUAUAUGUGAAAUGUGUUCUAAACUAACAACUCCACAGAUUGUUAAGAUAUUGAAUCUGUAUACACCAGUUGACGAGUUUGAAGAGAGGGUACCUGUCAGUUUCAUUAGGAAGAUUCAAAAGAAAUUACAAGGACGGCAGGAAGCCGACAACACUUUAUUAAUGGACACAAAAUACACUUUCCCAGUAACAUUCCCGUUCAAUCCAUCAAGUAUAGCCAUGGAAACAAUAGAUGUUCCGGAACAACUACAUCUAGGUUUCCUUAAUAGGCAUUAACUACUUAGAACCAAUCAAAUUUGUUUAUUUAUUUAUUAAUUUAAGAUGGGAGACCUAAUUCUACAAAUCACUUGUGCGCUUGUGUGAACUGUUUUCAAAGAUUUUUUGUAAGCUUAGAAGUAACACAGAUCAAGUUUACAUCUGUUUCACAUGAGGGCUUUAAAAGCAUUGAUGAAACUUGAUUAUUUUCAAACGCAUUAAUGAUAUUAAAAGAAGUCUCCCUUAUACCAGGUCUAAAUAUACCACUGAAUUCUGGUUUUAAUUUUACAAACAGUAUUUUUUGCUUUUGGAGAUUAAUAGAAAUGUAAUGGAAACAUAUUUGUGUAGUCUUUCUUUGUUGAUGUAACAUUCUUCUACAAAAUCUAUUAUUAAUUAUAGCUCUUCUUGCUUCAACUAUUCAAAAGGAAGCUUAUCCAUUUGAUUCUGUUUUUAGAAUUACUAGCCCCUUAGAAAUAUAUGUUGAUCUUGAAGAUGAGUAAACAUGUAGAAUAUCAUUUAGAAAUUAAAAGAUUUUUUUUUUUUAGAUAAAACACAAUUUAAAAAAAAAAUUGCUAAGAUUUUAUUUUUUGCAACAAUGAAGGUUUUUACAACCGAAUUUUAGAGAAAAAAAACUGAUGGGGAGAACUUAAUUUCAUUGACCUAAGGGACAAAAUAUAUUUUUUUAAGGUUACAUCCUCUACACAACAACAUAUUUAUAUUUUGCCUGUAAAUUUGCUGGGAAUUGCAUAUUUUUUCAUCCUUUCAUUGAGUUUGUCGGACUGUUUUACAUAUCAUAUUUUUAAUGUUUUUGUUAUUGUAAAUUAUUUGUUAAUUUUUAGGGAUGAUAUGUUUUAUAUAUUUAUUAUGUAUAGUAUAUGAUAGUUUAUUAGCGUUAUUUUUAUCUUUUGGCAUGAUGUACAUAUAUGGUAUAUGUGUAUUUAUAUAUGACCCUUGAAGCUGUAUUUAUAUAUGGCCCUUGAAGCUGUAUUUAUAUAUGGCCCUUGAAGCUGUAUUUAUAUAUGGCCCUUGAAGCUGUGAGUUUCUUUUACUUUGUAAAAAUGUGAUAUUUUGUAAGAUUGGAGUGAAAUUGAAAAGUUUUUUUAAAUAUCUUGAUAUUGGAAAAAGUUGAGGGUUUCUUUUUAAAUUAAAAAAAAUAUUUGACACAAAAAAAAAUCAAACUUCGUUCUUGCAAAACUAAGACAAAAAUAACAAGGAUUUUAUUAGAUUUCAAAAAAGCCUUUUAAACUAUAUGUUAUAACAUUAUGAAAUUAAAGAAGGGUUUGAUGGGUAACAAUUUUUUCUUGUUGACUUUUUCAUAUUUUGUUUCAUAUUCAAAAAUAAAUUAAAGGAAACUGACUGUUAUAGGCCAAUAGUACAAAUCAAAAUGGAUGAAAGUUGGAGUAGUAUUUAGCUAGUUCUUUCAUUUGAAGUCUCAGAAAAAGGUAUCAUAUUUUCAUUUUUCCACAGAAUUUAAUCUUUUACCUUUCAUAAAAAUUAAUACAGAUUUAUUAUAUAUUUUUUACUGUUUUAUACCAAGAUUAUUUGUAAUAAGAAGUCAAAAUGAAGGGAUUGUUUUCAUGAAAGGUAUGUCUCGCUAUUUCUGUCUCAAACUUUAUUACUUUGUUGAAUUUUAUUCCCUUAAUUUCAAACAUAUAUAUUUGUUAUCUCCCCUUUUUAAAGAAUUUGUCUCCUUUCUGGUGAGGGUUAAUGCAUGCUAUAAUGCAUUAAAUCAGUAUUCUAUAUAAUUCUUCAUCAUGCAGACAAGAAAAAAAAAUCACUCAUGCAGAAAAAUGCAUUUUGUGAGGUCCUGAAUACCAUCAAUUGUAUUUAAUUGAAAAGGGAAAUAACUCUAUGAAAGGGAAGUAACUGUGUUAUGAAAAAGAGAUAUGUAUACUGAAAUAUUAAAGUUUAAAAUAGUGCUGUUAAAAACAUAGCAUAAUAAUUUGGUCAAGCUACUUAUGUCUAGUUUAUGUCUUAGGACAAAAUAUUCCAUGUUGGAGACAAUUUAAGAUAUCUAAUUUCCAUUGUUGCCAGAUUUGUUAUCUGUUUUUCCAGUAUAUAUUUUUUUCUUGUUGACAAUAAUUUAUCCUUUCCUAACUAUAAAAAAUGAUUUAGAGUUUUCCUUUACAAGUUUCCAUUGAUAUUGUCUUGCGAUUGUUAGUUUAGAACUUGAUGCAUGUGUAUGCAAUUCAAAGAUGACUGAAAUGGCAAAUUCCAUUGAAAAUGUGAAACUGACAAAAAUAUGGUUGGAUACCAAUUUUUGUGUUUUUUUUGUGGAUACAGGUGAACCAAGAAUUUAAAUGUUCAACAAAGUAUUUUCUAUCAUGUUGUAUGCAGACUUAAGUGAAUCCUCGAAAUUACAUAUCCAUAAAACGGAAAAACUUUCCACAAUCCACGAAGAAUUGGUACCCACAAAAAUAAAUGAAUUCACAGUAAACAUGAUUUGAUUGGAAGUUUUAAAGGAAAUGAACUUAAUGGCAUAUUUACAUUUACAAAUUUUAUUAAUUUCUGCAUUUGCAUCAAUUGUUUAUUUUAAAAAAGGACUAGUUUAAAGUAUUUCAUACACAUGUUUAAAACCAACGAUAAACUGCCAAAUGUGAUCAGAAUUCUUGGUUGUGAGCAGUUUUUGUACCUCUCAGUUACAAGUUUUUUACCUUGUUACUUUUUAUACCAAACUAUUUUGAUGUUUGAUGGAAUUUUAUACUUGAGUCUCUGUGAUAUGAGUAUACACCAGUUUAGAUGGUUCAAAUUAAGUUCAAUGUUUUACUCAAUGUUGCAAAAGAUGAGAUAAAUGUUUCAUACCUGUCGUCUGUCACUAUUUGAGGGGGAUUUUCCCCAUGGAGGAUCCCAAUUGGAAUUUUGAAAUAGCAAUAAUGUCCACAAUUUAAAACAAAACAAUCAAUUUUAUCAUUGUAAAAGUAUGAAGAAGCAAUAAGAACAUAAAAUAAAUUUGAAGGCCCCUUUAAGGGUUUUGUAGGACUAUAACAGCCAUCUUGCACAUAAAACCCCCAUUGGCAUUUUGGAUGGUAUGAUGUAUUUUCCUCUGUUAGAAAAAAACAAACUUGAUACAGAUUUACUGACUGACUUUAUACUAUACAGAACUUUUGACCAUUCAGUGAUCAAAUAUGAUAUUUAGACAUAACAUCUCGCCUAUUUCAUAAAAGAAAAUGGAUUGUAAUUGCCAAAGAAUUUUUCAAUGGACACUUCAUUUGUGUAUUUUCAUGAUACCAUUUUUGUUGAAUCAAACAAUCUUAGUUCAUACCCUAACAUUAUCUUCCUAAAAAUAUCCGAUUGCUGGUAAAUAUCUUUUAAAACUAGACACCUUUAUAGAUGCUUUUUUAUACUUUUGUAAAUUGAAUCCCACCGAUAAUAAGAUGUCAUCAAAUCUUCUUAAUCAGUUUUAUACUGGACUUUUAACGUCCAUAUUUGAUUCACUAUUUUCAUCUAUAACAUGUAACAAGAAACAAUUUUGGUUAUAUUUAGGAAUAGCGUUCCUAUUGGUGUAACCAGGUUGCACUAGACCUCAAAAUUUUGUCAUAAAUAUUAAGGUUUGUCAUUAUUCAUAACAGUAUUCAAAUUUUUUUCAAUAGCUAUAACUAAUAACAUAUUGCUAAGUAUUAGCUUUUGGGGAAUAUCUGUAACUUUACACUAUAUUUUGUGGAAAAGUUUAUUAGCUUAACUAAUAAAUUAAUAACUAUAUAUCAGGUUUUGUAAAAUAGCUGUAACUAAUAUUUCAUCACUAUAUACAAGAUGACUAAAUGUUGUCUAGUCUCCUGAAAACAGUAUAAAAUACUGAUAAGUCUAGUCUGUGUACUAAUCCUAUAUAUUGCAUUUAUACAAGUAUACAUUGUAAACAUAUACAGUAUACAGUCUAGCACAACAAUUUUGUACAGCCCUUUAGUUCAUACUUGUCUAUAACUAAAAAUUAAGCUCACAGACUGACUCAAAAAUAAAUAUAACACUGAUCUGUGUAUUAUAAAAUCAGUGGCUAAAAUAAUUUCUCCUUAUCUUAAUUUAGAAACUUGUAAGAAUAUGUGAUUCCAAUUCUCUAAGUUAGAUUUACCAAAGUUCCACCUUGCCAAUAUUUGAUUUAGCCCCUAAAAUGAUUGAAGAUAGUUUUUGAUCAAAUAAAAUUAGAAUUGCACAAUUCAUUUCUAACAAUAGUACAUGUAGUAUGUUAUAUAUUAAAUCACAACAGUUUUUAUAAUGUAUAAAUCAUAGAUUAAAGUAGGUCACAUAAUUUUGUAAUAUUUAAAUUGUAGGUCAAUGUAAUGCUGUAUAUUGGCGUAAUUUAUGAUAGUAUAUAAGGGCUACUCUAUUUAAAUUGGGGUGAGGAAGGGAUUUUCAGAAACCCUUUAAUCAAUAUUCUAACUUUCAGUUAAUUGAGGUUAGGAGGGGGUCUCAUUGGGGGGUUCCGAUCCCGGAUCCCGCUUACUGUUUUGUCAGAUUCCCUUAUCCUGUCUUACACUAUAUACGUAAGCAGUUCUCAUUUUUUUUGGUCAUUUCCCGGGGUCCAGCUAGACCUCAUUUCCCGCUUUCACCACACAAUAAUUUGACUUUCACGUGUCACGCUUACAAAAAAUCGGCAAUCCUGUGUCAUGCUUAGACCCCAAUGAGACCCACUUAGGAAGGGAUUUUCAGAAACCUCUUACUUCUAGUAAAUCCUGUCCUACCCUUCCAAAUUAAAUAGAAUAGCCUGAACUUGUAUAUAAAUGAUUUGUCAGUAUUAGGGGUUUAGAUACUGAUGUUAAAUGUACUAACAACUCACUGUAGAUGUUGCAAUAUCACUUGAAUGUAGGAUGUUGACUUUAUACAAUUUAUAAGAUGUUAUCCAGAAUACCAAGAGGAAUCAAAAACACCAUGUCUCCUUUGAACUCAAUUUGUCAAAACCAUAGAUUGUGUUUGUUAAAUGAAUAAUUAGGCCAAAAUCUUUUAGUGAUGUUAUGAGGGUGUUUAUUUUUUAUUUUUGAUAAAACAAACAAACAAUCAAUUUAAUAAUGGCAGCUUAGAUUUGUAAUUUUUCUUUAAAAGAUAGAAAUGUUUGGAUGUAAUGUUAUCAAUUUGUGUAAUAUACUUAAAAAUAUUUUUUAUCAUUCUAAAUUUUAAUAUUGUCAGCAAAAAUAAACUCCAUUUCUCAAGGAUUAUAUUUUAACAUUUGAAUUUGAACAUGAUAUAGGUUUUUUAUUUGAUUUUUAUUAGAUAAAAGUUGGUCAUCUGAGGUGUACUGGAUAACAUUCUCUUCCAUCUGAUAUUUUACUUAAUAAAUAUCAAUGAGUUAAAUAAUGUUACAUAUUACAUGUGAGGUUCUACAAAUGAGAAUUUUAUAUUUGCAGUAAAACACUUAUGAUUUAUUAAUGUUCCUUAUGUUCAUUAUGAACAACUAACAAACCAAUUGGGCAAUAAAUAUUUUGUACUAGUAUGACAUUCCAUGGUAAAUCUGUGAUAAUAAAACCAUUGCCAGGCUUA